AAAAGAUGUUUGCAACGCAUUUGAAACUAUACUUUACUCAUCCUGGGUUUCGAUUUAUGGUUUGCAAGGGUCGGAGAGUUGUGCAUUGUUAAUUGAAGUUGCACUAACGUCUUCCCCCUUUAAGCUUCUCUCUCUCAGAUCUUUUGUGAAAAGAGAUCUUAACAAUUGUUAGUCGAGUGGACCACCAUUACCGAGGCUUACUCAUGUUUUCUUAUUUGCACGAUUACAACACAUUUAAGAGUUGUCAGCAAAUUAUUUGAUGACUGAGAGUUACAUGUUUUUAAAGUUAUAGCAAUCGGUUAACUUUUUAUCGAUUUACUUCUUAAUCGACAACUGGUCGAAUAUAAUACAUGCUUGACGACUCAGUUGCCGACGUCACUCUUGCUGAUUUCCAGAUAUUAGAAUCACCCUGCGCCGAUGUUCCGUUUGACCGUGGCCCUCAGUUCCAUUUAAAUCUCCAGUGUCGUACAUGUGAAUCAUUUAAAGAAACGUUUGUCUGCUGUGAUUGUGUUAGGAAGGAUUCCAUAUUCUCGAAGAAGUCCGGAAAACUUAGCUUUCCUCAGAAUUCUGAUCGGAUUGUGACAGUCCGUAAAUCGGUUAAUGACUUAAAUAGAAAGAUUAAAGUAUACGAACCCAUACUGUUCAAAUCUGUAUUUCACACUUUUGGUAGAGUUGAAGAGUUGAAUGCUCAAAUUUCUUCUUUGGAACAUACGAUCGAGUUUCUUACUAAAAUGAACGUAGAGAAACGCAAAAAGCUACAACGUGUUCGACAAGCUAUGACACGAUGCCAUACCGCAUCCCAGCAUCUUCUGAAGCAGCAAGCUAAUUUGGUACGGCAUUUUAUCACGGUUGCACAGAGAAAAAAGUUAUUGGUAGCUGAUCUUGAUAUAGUAAACAGGCAAAUCAAGCACGUACAUGAUACUUAUUUUGAGGAGUUGCUUGGAGUUUAUUUCGUGACCGACCUGUCGACUGAUGGUUUAUCUCCGGAUAGGUUUGUUUGUUCACCUUUACAUAUCGAUAAAGAGAACAUUUUUGCAGGUUAGUGUCGCUCUGAAGUUUCGAUUGAUGUAUUUUUGUUGUCGAGUAACAUGAUCAUUGUCAUACAAAGCUGUUGUACAUUCACUGUAGAUUUGAAAUGUAUAAUUCAAGAUGAUAUUUACUCUUGUAAUGUUUUUUGUACCAUAUAUUGUACCACUUAUUAUUCUCAAUGUGGAAUCUCCACGCUUCAUACCACUUCUAUUUUGCGAUGAAAAUCUUUUGAACCACAGGUGACCUGUUCAACUGGUAUACUAUUUUAAUUGUGUACAAUUGUACUCUUAUAUCACUUUACUCAACUACUCUAGCUAUUUUGUGACUUCAUAUUUUUGUAGAUCGGUGAUAAAUUGACGUAGAUAACAUGUGUUCCUAAAUUUCCUAUAAACCUCCAGCUAUAUCUUUAAAGUCUUCACUUUUUAUCACCUUUACUGUAGGUCCUGAACCCACCCCAUCCAGUCAUACGGCUUUAACAUAUUGCUCAGUAGCAAUAAGGGUUUCAACUAUCUUGUUAGAUGUUUGGUUGCCAGUCUCCAUUCGCCGGAAUUUGCAUUUGGUUGGUUCUUUUUUGUCUGCAUUACCUCAGAGGGAUGAUAUGGGUCGUGUGUAUUUCGCAGUCAUUCAUGCUGUUCACCUGUUAUGCCAAUGUCGAGGGAUUGAUAUAAAACAUGGAUUAGAACAGCUUGGGAUAAGCGUAAUUCCUGGACGGAACACAUUUUACAAUCCAUUAUUUGGAUUAUAUUGCCUUGGGCAUCUGGUCAGUCACAAUAAUAAGUCUACUAGGUACUUUGACGAAUGUUACAAUAUAAAACUAGAUGGGCUUUUUGGAAAGAUUCCAUCAUUAUCCUUAAUGAGUCAUCCUACAGUUUCAUUUAGUUCACCAUGUUUUGUAGAGAAAGGCGAAGAAGUGGAUGAGAUGUUUGGCUUAUCAAACGAUGAUAGUUUAACUUUAUGUGACAAACAAGUGAAUAGGUUUACUUUAUGUAGGGCAAGUAGUUCCGACUAUGUUCAGUCAUCCAAUAAACUCGAAGAACACGACUCGUCUGUUGGUUUGGAAUGUUGGGAACUAGUUUCUGUGACCUCACCAGGAGAACCAGAAUCAUGUGAAACUACAGUGACCAAUGCCGGAUUUAUGGAUUCAACGCAAUAUCCUGGUCCACUUUCGAAAGUUUGGCGUCUAGCGAAAGGGAUUAUGGGAACUUCAGAACUUAGUGAUUGUGACGAAUAACGUGAAAAAACAGAUCGUGACCAAACUUUGUUCAUUAUUUAUCAAACCAGAGUCUUUCAUGAAGCAAACUUGCAAAAACUUUAGUCUUUCAACAUUUUAAUUUGUAAAAUAAAAUUCGAAAAAAACAAAUUUUUCCCCAUUAUUGUAUAUAUGUCAAAAAGUUUUAUUUUGAAUUCUGUUCCUCGUGAAUUAAUCAACUAAGGCGAAGUAUUAGGAAAAAUGAACAGCUUGAUGUACUUGUAAACAUUAGUAUAGAUAUUUGGUUCAUUUGCCCAGUAUAUGUUCAUGUACUCCUGAGUCAUAUUUUGUAGUGAUAACUAGUGAUACUACCCGGCUGCCUAAAUCGGAUUCUUAAUCCACUGGUUGAAGUACAUAGUACACACAAGUGGGUAAUCAUGGAUUUAUGUAUUCUGUUAGAUCUUCGUCAGGCUUUGCUCUAAUAUACAGUAAUAUUUAUAUGCAUAUACGAAAUUGUUAAAUUAAUCAAGGCAGUUACUGAGUUAGUGAUAACAGUGGAAUAGAUCACAUAAGUAAAGAGUACAAAUUCAUAGUAUUUGUAUUCAUAAGCGUUAUAACUUGUGACCUGUGCGCCCUGCUAAUAUAUAACGUAACGAUGCCACCAAAUAUAGAGCAGUGAAUUAUCGAUCGGACCAAUGACGCCUAAAACCCAUACGAGCAGUCUAGAGUACUUAUCGGUCCUGCUUCCUGCCUAGCCCAAUCAGUUAGGUCCAGGACACGAAUCUCUGCCUCUGCGACAUGAAUCAUUUAUUUCAAGCAUACUGGGUCUAUAUUACCAAUCAAGCAGAGCACAUCGUACCAAUAAGGUAUGAAACAACAUUUGUACAAGAAUUAGCCAAAUGUGGAUAUGAAUGAGGGAGGUAGUAAGUAAUAGACGGCAUAAUUCAAGAAUGGUAAGUCGUAUAAUGAUAGUUCAUAGGCCAAAAUAAAGCUUAUAAUAAGGGGGACAUGAAUAUGAACAGUUUAGUUAUUUAACAAUUAUAAAAAUAUACACAUAGUACUGGUCCACAAAUGGAUCCCAGAAAGUUACCAUUCAUUAUGCUUAUCGGGACAUAACAAUGAGGAAUUUGUAACACCUUUGUCUCUUCCUUGAUCGAGAUAGCCUUAAUAAACGAUCUUACUAAUCAUUUUUCGCACCUUUUGUUCGUUUAUUUCUCUUCAUUCAAUCCAAAUCAUUUCCAAAUGUACGCUUCAUUGUUCAAUUAUCUGGACAUUUCUUAUUACAUAAUCCUACAGUUUUUAUGAGUGCUAUUUCACUGUCUAUAUUUCUAAAGUCAUUGACCUAUUUCCCAUUAUGAAACAUGGAUUCAAGCCCUAGUACACCUGUCAUAUCACUAUAAAUUUGUACUCUUUACUUAUGUGACCUAUUCCACUGUUAUCACUGACUCAUUAACUGCCUUGAUUAAUUUUGUAUAUGUAUAUAAAUAUUACUGUAUAUUAGAGUAAAGCCUGACGGAGAUCUAACAGAAUACAUGAUUACCCACUUGUGUGUACCAUGUAUCUUCAACCAAUGGAUUAAGAAUUCGAUUUGGGCAGUCGGCUAAUAUCAAGCCUAAUGAGGAUCUAAUUGGAAACAAUGUUGUUCGCUUGUUGUUGUUCUAAUUCACAAUAUGGGAAUUUUUAAGAUUCAUAUAUUUUAAAAGUGUCCUUUUGUAUAGUUCAGUAUCUACUUAUGAGUUAUUAUUUUGGUUAAAAUAAAUUAUUAUUAGUGUGUCUUUUUCCAUAUUUCUUCGAUAUUAAGAGUAAAGAAUCUUGAUUAGUACGUACUUCAGUGUUAGUUUUUUUUAAAUCAUAAACAGUGAAUAAAGUAGGUAAACUCUCAGUUUUGUUUAGUCAAUAUUUUUCAGUCCUAAAUCGAUCAACAUAAUUUAGAUUGUUGUUGAACGUUUAUAGUAUGGGGUCACUCAAUCCACUGAAUAUAAAUUACAACUGAAAUAAUUUAAUAUAGCUGGUAGUUUCUUGGUAGGUGGAAAACCCGGUUUCAUGAUCAGCCAUAUCUAUCAUAAUACCGCUGAACCGCCAGUGACCAAACCUAGGUUUUAUAGUGGUUACCUUACCCGAUCAUCAAGCAACACAUUAAUUGUAACAGCUAUAUGUCCUAAAGUAACGUAAGACUAGGAAUUCAGGGAUGUAUGACUAGUAGAGAUCUACUUCAAAGUAAGCUGAUUAUUGUCAAUGUUAUUACACGGUUAAAACCCAUAUACUAUUGGAAUUGAUGUAAAGUAUUUUAAUGUAGUUUAUACAUUUCAAUACCAAAAGCUUAUUGUUCGAACAUUUUUCUCAUUCU